AUGACCGGCCACAAGAGGGAGCACGACGCGUGCAGUGGAGUUGAACUCGUUCUCACGGCGUUAUUGAGUCAGAUCUACGCAGCUCUGUCCAGAAACCGGACGUUGAGAAUGACCAGCCAGACUUUCUACGGCCUCAGCAUGCAUUGGGCGCAGUACUGUGGAAUGUAUGACCUCGUGCCUUACCGACAGACCUUGCCACAGGUUCAUGACUCCAUCGAGACGAAGAUGCACGCUUGGAGGUCAUGGGCGGCGAGAGAGACGCAAUUAAGAACGCUGCUAGGCCUGUGCAUCAUUGACGGCGUGGUCUCGCAAUUCAGUGGAAACCUUGUUAACACCUGGUCGGCGACAAACUCGCUGCCACUAUCUGCCGAUGAAGACGCUUUUGCUGCUGAGACAGUAGAUGAGUGGAUUGAGGUAAUGGUGUCUCGCGGUCACAACACGGGUAGUGGGCCAGAUCGCUUCUCUGACCUCUAUCACUCACUCGUUCCUGAUGGAACACACAUCGGCCCAGUAUACUGCUUGCCGGGACUACUCAACAUUAGGAUUCUCCUCGAAAUAUUGGCUUCACUUACAAAUGACUUCGAAAGAUUGAACAAGGGCUCGCAGGCACAGGUUGCUCAGAAGCUUGGAGCCGUGAAAGCAUUGGUAACUCUGCGAACCCAUCUUGCCCAGAGCACGACAUUGUCGGCAUCAGACAAGACUAUUGGCUUACUGCGAUGGCACGCGGUCUGCCUCGACCUAGUUGUCAGUACUGCUCGUGGAGCAAGAAGAAUGUGUUACCACUACAACAUCACGCAGCACAUCUUUGGAGGGAAGAAGCGCGAAGAGCCGAGCAGGAUAGACCCUAUUGCCUGGACGCAGGGUCUUCGGGCAAGGAAGUGUUUGCUUCAUGCCAUGGAGAUCCACAAGAUCGCGUCUGAGAUUCCUCUUGGGAUUAUUCACGACACAUGUCUACCGGGGGCAUUGUUUGCGGCGGCCACGACGUUCAGCUCAUUCGCCCUUCCUGGGCUGUCAAAGGUCCUAGUUCCUCCCUCCGUGGACUGGAGCAUGGUUAUUCUACAAGGCCUAGAUGACACGGGACAAAAUACGACGUCUGCGACGGCUGAUGUAUCGAAAGACACGCUGGCGUUUCUCACGAACAACGUCAAUCCUCAAUCCCCAGGAUGGAUUGCUCGAAAUUUGGUAUAUGAGCUCAGCGCGAUUCGGAUUUUGCUGCACAGUCUUUCUCAACAUUGGGGCGUCACGCGAGAGAUGGAAGAGGUGGUUGGAGCAUGGGAAGCCCGGUGUAGUUGA